GUGUGUAGGAUGUGACGUAAGCGAUGUAACGGUUCUCAAGCGAGAGUCGUCUGCUGUUUGUUCAUUCUCUCGAUAGCGGCGAUAUGUUUUGACGUAAUACAGUUCGCUUUGGGCCUCGAGCUAAGAACAUAAUGAGGCUCCGAGCUGUUCAGGAGGCUUCUAGCCCAAUCGAUUUCCCAAAGGUCACGGCUUGCAUUUUGUAGCACGCGUGUGAAGAGUCUUCUUCAGAUGUAUGCGAUUUGGACACAGUGGGAUGGCUAGAUCUGUAAUGAGAGGCCGACUGAGCUUGAUACGUGCUGUGCUAUAAGUUGACGGGGAACUAUUACUGUACGAGUUGAGACGUAGGCCAUUCGUGUACGGUGGUGUCUUUCCUACUCCGAGGGAACACAGGUUUACGUCAUAACCGCAUUGCGUUGGUGGCGAUAUGGGAAUUAUUUCCUCGUUGGACGAGCGAGAAUCCUUCUCGGCAAGGGACAACGCUGGUGUCGUUACACAAGCCGGAAAUAUGUCAUAAUUUGAAUCUUGAAUAUUGUCAGUGAUCUAAUUUGUGUGGCGUUGUUAUCGGCAGGCGUCUUCCCGAUAGCCGCCACGAUGUAUAAUCACAAGGAACAAGGUAAAGGCAUACCACCGUUGGCCAUGGGAAUGGUGGAUCAGCGGAAAGCUCAAUACCCAGGAUACCCUAUACAACAGCCGCACCCUGAGACUGCUUCCUUAUCCAGGGGUACGCUUGUUCCCGGGGUGACUCAGUCUAAGAUUGUCCCACCACUUGCAUAUGCCUCAACUCAAGGACAUAAUUCCACCCUGACGUCACAGAGCAGCUCAUUGUAUUACUAUGGCAACAGUGUAUCCUCGGAGGCCAGUUCUCGAUUCCCACGAUCCCAUUCAGGACACUCGGGAACCGUACAACCUCAAAGUCUUUCAGUGAAUAGUGCCAUCUCUGCGGAAAGCCAGAACCAUGUGUCUUCGUAUGGAGGCGGGUCUAUACAAAAUGGUUUACCUUUGACGAGCAGACCCGAGAGAGUUCCACCGUUGACCACUGUUGGAUACCCAUCUCUUGGUCAACAACGUGUUCAGUCUUCACAGCUUGGAGCCAUCGACUCUGGACUUAUUUCAGGAUACCCUAGUUCAAUACAAACUGGAAUACCUCAAAGUGGCGUUCAGAAUCGGGGUGGAUUAACUGGCGUGUUUAAGUUAAAACAGUCUUCUGACUAUAGGCAGCAUAUACAUGAAGCUGCAACUGUGGAUAAACACAGCUCUGUUCCUAGCCCCAGGUCGUCCGGGUCGGUGUAUCCGGGAUCCGUAGCCAUGGGCUAUCAGACGGGGAGCAGCAUAUCACAGUCGCCUAAACAAUCUGGAUACCCGCAUUCUAGUGCAGUGACUCCAGCAAGCCAGACAAUGAAAAUGCCGAUGCCUGUGCAAUCUAGUUCCAUACAGAGUGCAAUGCAUGCCAUGAGUAGACAUUCCCCUAUCAGACAGGGCUACCAGGGUCAGUCAAAUCAAUACGGGCCUCUUCAGAGUCCCACCGGUUCUCAACAACGUCAAGUAUUAAGUGAAAGUGGCUACGGGAUCCCGAGAUCCACCAUCCCAAUGUCUUACAGUCAAACAUCUGGAGCUUCUUCCGAGGCUCUGAGACGCUCAAAUCAAAUGCCCAACACACCCCACUCGUCUCACCAUCACUAUAAUCCAAGCAGCCAACACGCCCCUGUGUCCCACAGUGGCGACAAGCGUCAUAGUGUGUAUUCUGUGCCAAGCAACCAGAGCGCUAGACCACUGACGUCAUCCCAAGGUGUGAGUGUUCGUGGGCAGGAUUACCCUCCGAGGAGGACAGAGACCAAAGAACCACCAGUUAAACAUGUGAUGCAGCCUGUGAAAAGUGGAUCUAUACAGACUGGUAUGCCUUUAGAUUUGACUAGUGUUGAUAAUAGCCUGAGCGCUAGGGUUGCUUCUGAAAGCCCCCUAGAUUUGUCAGUUAAAACUAGAAAGCGAUGUGUAGAUACUGCGAUAGACUACGGAUUGUCCGAAACAGAUAACAGAGGAGUGCCUCCGAUGAAGAAACCGUGUGUCAAAGCCGAUAUUCCUGUGGAUCUACGGUCUAAAGAGGUAGGCAGUAAGGUGUUAAUGACUGCUCCAGCACCUCAAAGACAAAAAUACACAUAUGAUAUUGAAACUGAUCAAAUGUUUGAUAUCAAGCUACAGCAGAAUAUUUGCCAAAGUAAUGUGUAUAUGAAAGGGAACAAGUAUGCUUAUCAAAGUCAAAGACACGUGCAACCUAAAGUUGAACAUAGUCAGCCAAAGACAGAGCAAAUACAGAAUAUAUAUUAUCCGGCGCAUGAUUCAAAUGUUUCCCAAGUUGAAGGUUUCCAGAACCAAGGGCCAGUUAAAUCGCCUCUUCGUCUGCAGCCAAAAUACGAGGAACAAAAAACAUGUUAUCCCUCACCUCCUGAAAUAAAUGCAUACCCCAGUCAGAUUCCACAAAAGACAACUGUUCCUCAUCUCCAUGUUUCUAGUCAAAGUGUUGUGUAUGCCAAGGCUACUGGAUCUUAUGCUGACGCAUCCGAUUACAGAAGGGCCAUGUCCUAUAGCCAAAACACAUCAUCCUCAUAUGGAAUAAAGAAUGAUAUACAUACUACAAACUCCUAUCAAAAACCUGUCAGUAGCUAUAUUUCAUCUCAGACCAGUCAUCAAAGGCAACCAGGGUCUCAGAGUAGCGUCAGUUCCAGUUCAAAUCAUAAAUCUCAGCCGCACCAUCCAAUAUAUCCUUCAAUGCAGAAGCAACAACAUCAGCAACAUCAGCAGCAACAUCAACAACAGCUGCUUCAUCAAAGAUCGUUGCAGCAACAUCAGCUCAUGCAGCACCCGAUGUCGCAUCAUCAUCAACAGCCGCCACCUCCUGCUCAGCAGCAGCAACAACUGCAACAGCAACAACAACAGCCACAGAGACCUCCACAGAAUCAGUAUUACAGUAAACCAACUUCUCAAAGUACAAUAGCUAGCCCUCUCUACAGUCAGAGCAUGGUUGCAACCAAGUCAGCGUUCUAUCCGCAGAAGAAAGAAGAGCAGAGAUCUGUGGACAGUAGAUAUCAUGAAUCAAUUCGAUCUCAUUCAAAUGUUACUCAAACUAAGCCUUCCUAUGAAAUGAAGCUACCUAGUAGUAAUGGAUACAUUGUUACAACUCAUGAUAAGAGGAAUGUUCCCAAGUCUCAGGUUAUAAGCACAACCCUGUACAAGCCCCCAGUGUCAGAACAACAAGAAGUUCAGAGACCCGAGGCCUCUCAAACUACCCCCGAAAUUCAAAUCACAGGUGUGACUGCAGCCCCUUCUCAGAAGUCCCAACCUCAGCCUGCUGCUGCUGCUGAAACACAGAAGGAUGAACAAAUGAACAUGGCCAAGUACACUGAGCCACUGACAAUAGCUAUACCGACAUCCACCAGCAAUAGUGACCAAAGCCAAAAACCUGCACCGAAAUCCGUCCCUCGUCCUGGACCACACAAAAUAUUGUCCAAAAAGCACAGGAUACUAAAUGCUUUUGGCCAAGACGAAGAUCAGAAGCGCGUGGCAACCCACGUACCUAGCUCAAUUCCUCAUCACGUUCAUCGUACUAUGGACGGUGUGUUCAAGAUGCCAACGAUUUCCCCAUCAAGUCCAGCUUCUCCUAAAAUGCCAAUUCUUAGCCCACACGAUAAAAUUCCCCCUCCCGAGGAUGCCUCUCUACACAAUGAACCGCCGCAGCUUGAUCCUCCAGCAACUCCUGUUAAGAAUAGACUAGUUCCUGGCGCUGUUGGAGUCCGCGGGGAGAACAUUCAGAGGGCACAGCAAGGAGAUAAAGCUGUGAAGGAGAAGGAUGGUUCAAAGAUUCUCCUAAAACCACCUGCUCCACCUUCAGCUGAAGCAACAGCUGAUGGGCAGGUGAGGCCCGGUGAGAAAUAUGUACGGCCGGAGAUUAUGAGAAGGAAUUCGUUGCCCGAGAGGCCAUCAAUGUAUCAAAAAAAUAUCCCCGUUGCCAACGUUGCGCCCUUUGUUCAUUCAAAUAAGGACCAAAUUGGAGUACAUUCCGACUCAACCCAAGUUCUUCCAGAGGACAGUCUGAACAAUGAAUCAUCUUCUAGUCAAGGAGUACGUCAAGACAAAGAGAGUUCCAACACCAGGAAUGGAAACAAACAGUCAAAAUCCACUCCGACAAAGAAACAAAAGCAGGACAGUACAAAGGCAUCGCAAAAGCGAUCUAGUCAGUAUAUCAGAAAGAUUGCCAAGUUGAGUAAAACGACCCCACGAAAGAAAGAACUCAAGUUUCUGGCAGCCCCUCUGAAGUACAAGCUUCUGAAGGCUACGACGGAAAUACAUGAAAUGGAAGAAGCAUCCUUGGUUAGGAACUACAAGAAGCAGGGUCUUCGUCCACGACAGAAGCAGGUUCCUGUGAAGAAGCCACCAAAGGCAAAGCGGAAACAGGUGCGGAUUUCUAAAAAGGACAAACUACUGGAAGAAGCAGGAGACUCAGAAGGAUUUGAGGUGGACAAACACAACACACAGAAGGAAAUCAUAGCAGAACCGACCAAAAAGAAGGAGACAACCACCGUUGCAAGGCAGGAAAGACCACUACGGCGAGCUGUCAUAAAGAUUGACAGGAUCGAAGACAGCGCAGACAGUCGUCUUCGACUUGAGCAACCUCCAUCCCCGACGAGAAGGACGUUGUCCAACCUGAGCAGAAGGGCUCAAGAGUUGAAGAGGAAAGCCAUCGAUGGCCCCCGUAGACGAGGCACUAGGAGGAGGCCUAUACGUGCUCCGUUGGUUCACUGUGGUUUUACAGAUUUUCAGCCACUGGUUCUACAGACGAGAACACGGAAUCGGUGCACAGGAAGGAGGCGUGUCACGCAAUACAACAGAAAUGCCGCUUAUGAGAAGGAACUCCGGAAGGACGAGUCUCGAAGGGCGUUGAACCGGGCCAAGCGGCGAGCGCGCCUGCGCAGAGUAACUAGACAGGAUACGUCAUAUCCGGAAGAUGAGGAGUAUGACGACGAAGAUGACGACGACACUGAUGGAUGCUGGGAAAUUUCAAAGUCAAGUCAACGUCAGACUGUGGGUAGGAGUAAGGGGGGUUUGAUGAUGAAACUGUAUUACAGAAGCGGACAGGAUACGCUGCCCACUAGAGGGCGCCGUGCGAGACAUGUGCAAGAAUUCAUCGGCCCUGAUUGCGAGCGUCCGUCAACAAAACAGUCCCGCGGAAAGGCUAGGCCCCGCGGAAAGAUGAAAAACAAAGGCAAAUUUCAAAGUCAGUUUGAACAAUUCUUGAGACAGGAUUUAGGAUCGGAAGGAGAUCUGUUGGAUGAUUCUUUCGCACAUUUUGGAGAUGACGAGGAAUCUACAACCUACCUAGUUCAGUCCGACGACCCAAACGGAGGUGUGGUGUCAUAUCCCAUCCCGCCGGAAAUGAAGAAACUGGCCAUCAACAAGAAUUCUGGGGAGACCCUAUUACACCGUGCAGCCCGCCUGGGAUACGAGGACGUGGCCUUGUACUGCAUACGUACUCACACAGUCCAGGUUAACGCGCGAGACAACGCGGGAUACACCGCACUGCACGAGAGUUGCGUGAAGGGCAACAUCAACGUCGCACGUCAUCUUAUAGAACAUGGUGCCGACGUCAACUGCUGUUCUCAGGAUGGUAUCAGACCAAUUCACGAUGCCGUUGAGAACGACCACCUGGAAAUCGUCCGUCUUCUCCUGUCCUGUGGCGCCGACCCAAGCAUCGCUACGUACGGCGGCAAAACCCCAAUCAAGAUAUCUCACUCGCCCGCCAUGACAACCCUGCUUAAAGGAUACUUUGGAGACAUCAAUGGAUUUGACUCUGAGAACGAAGAAACGCCAUGGGAAUUUGCCGGGACGUCCAUAUCAUGUGAUGCUGCACAGGGCAAGGGGUUUGAUAUUUUUGCUGACGUGCCCUCUGACCCGGAAGACGAGACGGAUGACCUCUUUGACGUAGAGAUGACGUCAGCGAUCCGAACUUAUGACCUCCACCUUGAAAGCGCAGACAGACUGGACCGAUAUGUGUGUGUUCGAGACGCCAUGGCCGACUUCCGUAUGUCCAAGGACGACAUGAAGAAGAUAUGCGGGAACAAGAUUCAGCUCCACAAAAUAUCAGCUGGAGCGCUGUGUAAAUCAACAGAACACAACGUGCUGACCUUUUGUCACCAGAACGUGUCACCAGUUGAACUAAUGAACUUCCGAGAUUACAACACACUGGAGCCAAAAAUGAUCGAGCAUUUAAAGAAGUCCGAAGAUAGCACAAAAGCCAAAAAAGCCAAACCGAAAAAGAGGCCAUCGACUCCGUCUAAAAAGUCGCGGAAAACCAAACAGUUAGUCGAAUCUUCCGAUAACGAGAGCGAUGCGACGAUAGAGUUCGGCAGUCCUUUCAACAGCGACGACGAGAGCGUAGAUUACAUGGAUUUGUAUUCAUUCAACGAGUUUGAACCCGAAACCACAAACACUGAACAGAAGAAGCCGUUGAAAUUCACACCGAAACAGGAGUUAUGUGUUCAGUUGAAGAAGGAAACCUUUCCCCGAGUAGAGGCUCCUAAGGCUAGACGGAAAUCGACGGAGAACACGAAAACCGAAAAGCACGAACAAAACAGUGUCGGAAAACCGGAAGUGCGUCAUCCCUCUAAACCUUCUCUGAGUCAUUCGUCCAAGUCGGAUUCCAACGUUUUGUUCAAGACAAAACUAACUAAUACAUCGAAAUCGAAAAGUGACCCAAGCCAAUUCAGUGGGAAAAGUCUACACUCAUCUAAAAUGCGAAUACGUGAAAAUACGUCCAUUGACGCGACGAAAGCUUCCAUGAAGGCUCAAAGUGAACACAUAUAUUCGUUUGACGAACAUGACAAUAUGUUGUCAGCCGGAGAGGACACAGAGAUUAGUUUUCCUCGCAUUGACCGCCUAUUCUCUGAAAGGGGAGAUAAACACGGCCUCCGUAAAGAACGUAGUGUAGACUGCAAGAAAGGCCUGGAAAAAUCAUUCAGGACUAUUAUGAGCAAUUCCAAAGAGGACCACUUCCGUUUCAAAAUUGGGACAAUCUCGCAAGACUCUCACGAGAACCCGCGUGGUUUUCUCACCGGAAGUGACACGCCCGACACGCUACAAGGGCCCCACAACUUUAAAAACGUGAGAUCGCAAGCAGCGAUGUGAUUAAGCAUUUAGGAACACAAGCACAAUUGCCCGUUUGAAUAUAAUUGCAUUUCAAGACCAUUUCAGCCGAAUUGAUCAUUCCCUUGUCGCGGAAUCAAUACAUUUCUGGUCGCCAUGGAUACAGCCGCCGUCCCAGCGUUUUGCGAUGGCGACUGCCAAAGAGGAUAUUAAUACCGGCGCUCGGUGAUCGACGAGUAAUAAAUGAAAUAGAUGCUUUUAAUCGAUAUGUUGGCAUUCGAUAUUGUUUGCUCUUGACAAGUGAUUGACAGCAAUAUGUGAUCAUUGUUCCGCUUGUGAAUAGCCGCCAAAUGGAUAUAUAUAUAUAUAACUGUGAAAUUGAACAUCUUGUGAUCUCAUGAUGGUAUUACCUACAGUGUGUGAAAGAAACUUAAGCAGUGUCACGUGACUAUCCCCCAGCAUCUGUAUUGAUCGUGUGGUAUAUUCAUUCCUGUUGUGUUGAAAGCUUUCGAAGCGAAUGUCUCUGUAGUUCGUUAACAACGAUUCGUAGUUUAUCCUCUGUUUCUGUCAAAUAAGAAUUACAAUUGAGUUUUGAAAAAAAAAAUAUACAUCUUGUUGCUGAUUGUAAGAAAGGGUCAAUUGUGAUUUGAUAUGUCAAAUAUAUUGAAGUAUUAUGAUUGUUGAAUUCUGUCAUAUGAUGCAUAGAAUCGUGUACAUUUCAGUUGUUAAUUUCACAUUUGAAAUAUAGAUCUCUUCACACUUGCCCCAUUGGGGCGCUGUGGAUAAUCGUGUUGUUUUGAUAACUUUUUAUUGACUCUGUUAUAUUAAAUGGCAUAAUGUUCAUGACAUAAUUGUUGAGACUUUCAAGAUGGUCGUUCUGAGGACGCCUGCCAUUUUCAUAAACGUUUUGGCCGACGUACAUUUAUAAAUGACGUUAUGAACGAAGUCGAAACGUUACGCAACCAAAUGCACUGUGUUCAGUUUAACAUUCAGGGUUUAUCGGCGUAUUCAUUGUAAUCAGUACAACAGAAAAAAAUGUUUUCGUAUGUCUAACUUAUUUCAUUUAGAGUUCAACGUGAACCUUGUUUUAUCUUGUUACGAUUUAUUUCACGUUUGUUAAUAUUGUGCUAAAGAAGUCUGAGUUACCUCCCUUGUUUGGGCGUCAGCUGCUGUGUAGUUAAUACUGAAGGGAGUAUUCUUAAUACGUGAGUUGAUUUACUUUUCAAGAAUUCAUUCCAAACAUAUUGUCUUCUGAUAAGAAUCAAUUUGUGAUGAGGGCAUUUAUAGCUGUCAAUCAGAACGUCGUUUUCGUCAACGCACUGUGUGGAGCUUGGUGUUGUAUCUUAUUAUGACCCUGCACUGUUCGGAGUUUGUCAGUUUGAAAACUAUAUAUGGACGGAUGCUACGACGCAAUACGUUCUGGUUGAUCAACGAAUGAGAAAAAAAGAAUUAGUUUUAGCUAGUGCCGUCCAUUUUGUUUGUUUUACGUGCUCAUAUGCGAUAUUAUAUUCUGAAUGGUAAACCUGUUUGGAUAUGUGUUCGAUGUCAUGUUAUAAAGUGUUAAGUAUGGCAGUGAAAAUAAACCGAUUUGUUCUUA